GAAGCCUUCUACAAGUUAACGUUCACUCACACCAGACAAAAUCCUAUUUGUACUCUUAAACAAGAGAAAGAAAGUGAAGAUAUCGAUCAAACAACCAUUAUUCAAACUCCCUCAAGCGUGUUGCCGCUUG